GCAUUUUCGAUCGAAUUGGAUUGAUUUUUUGUCUAAAAAGUAUUUUGUUUCGAUAUUUGUUCCAUUUACCGAUACGAUCGUUGUUGAAGAAGAAGAACCGAAAAAAAACGAAUCCAAUAAUGCCAUAUUCGAAACCAAUUUCGAAACAACAAUUAUUAUUACCUGAACGUAAAAAUUUCAUUCGAUUAUCAUUAAUAAAUCAAAGGGAUAUAUUGGAACGUUUAUCAGUUGAUAAUCUUAUACGUUAUUUAUAUUAUAUAAUUAUUGGUGAUCCAAAUAUCGAUGGUAUCGGUAAUAGUGGUAUCGGUGAUGAAAAUGUUCGAUUAUCAACAUCAACAUCGGGUAAUAAUCAGAAUAAUAAUUUUCGAUUUACACCCGAAGGACAUUAUCUAGUUGAACAAAUUGCUGAUGAUCAUAAUUAUCAACAACAACAGCAACAACAAUCAAUCAUUAAUGGUGGCAGUAUUGGUGUUGGUGGUUAUAAACGUUUUCAAACACCAUUUAUUCAUUCGAUUGAUAAUAAUAAUGAUAUUUCGAAUCGUUUACGUGAUGAUGCAUAUGUAUUGGAUUGGAUUGCUAAACAUCCACAACCACAACCACAAUCGCAACAACAAUCCCAACAACAGCAGCAGCCAUUAUCGAUGAUUUUUAAUAAUGGAAAUGGAACGAAUAUUAUGAAUGCUGGAGCCGCCACAUUGUCAUCAUCGUUCGCUUCAUCAUGGACAUUGAAUGAUGCGAUACAGAAUCAAAAUGGAUUGUGCAACAACAACGUUAGUUUUUCACCAUUUUCAAUCGAUAACAAUAGCAAUAACAACAAUAACAACAUUCGAUCUGAACGAAUUGAACUUGUUGAUCUUAAUCCAUUAUCGUCUUCAUCAUCGCAAUCGUCAUCGUCAUCCACGAUAACAGCAACAGCAACUUCGUCAUCAAUGUUGUUGAAUAAUCAAUUUCAAUUGAAUAUGGAACCAACAACAACAUCAACAACAUUAUCAAUAACAUCA